AUGGCUCAGACCUCGAACCCUACUUUCGACGAGGUGCUCGGUUGCCAGGCUGCGUGCUUCGAGUGGGCCGACAGCUACGACAGCAAGGACUGGGAGCGUCUGAGCAAAUGCAUUGCACCGACUCUGAAGAUUGACUACCGCUCAUUCCUCGACAAGAUGUGGGAGGCCAUGCCCGCGGACGAGUUCCUCAAGAUGGCGUCGGACCCGGCGGUGCUGGGCAACCCGCUGCUCAAGACGCAGCACUUCAUCGGCGGCACCAAGUGGGAGAAGGUGUCGGACACGGAGAUCACGGGCUACCACCAGCUGCGCGUGCCGCACCAGAAGUACACGGACGCGACGCGCGCGACCGUCGCCGUCAAGGGCCACGCCCACAGCACCAACACGCACUGGUACAAGAAGAUUGACGGCGUGUGGAAGUUUGCCGGCCUCAGCCCGGACAUCCGGUGGUUCGAGUACGACUUCGACAAGGUGUUUGCCGAGGGCCGCGAGAAGAUGGGCGACGAGCAGCUCGAGGCGGAGGAGAAGAAGCUGGCGGCGGAGGCGAACGGGAUCCCGGCGGCUGCGUAG